AUGACCGCCAUAUUUUUGAACUUCAUCUUUCCAUUGGUGGUUCUCGGCGCGCCUUUCGUGACUGGAAUCAUUGGCCUCUUCUUUUACGAAUACGUUGCCAGCUCUGCUCGCAUUCGGCAUGGGUUCUCUGUUCUCACCAUUCUUCAUAUCUUCGGGGUGAUGUUAUUUCCUACCGUGAGCCCUUUUUUCAACUACAUGAUCGGGCUUAUGUCAAUUGUUCAUGCCAUGCGUUUCGUUGAAAUAUUCUUUGUCACCAACCCGCCUUCCUUGAAGCGACUUCAGAAAAUUGGCCAAUUAUACUACUGGGAACCCAUGCCCCCACCUUAUACUAUGAGCCGCAUCGUGUGGGCCCUGGAUUUGGUAUCCAAUUCUCGUGGAAUCGGUUGGAGACAUGGCCCUAUCCGAUAUCUCCCCUCUGGAUGCCGCAUUCUGGACGGACGCGGGGGUUCUCGACCAUUGAAUACAAGGGGAAUUCCAACUCCAAAUCCCCGCCAGUUCCUCUGGGUCCAGGUGCAAUGGAUAGUGCUGGCAUAUCUAUGGUUCGAUCUAUACAAUAUCAUCUUCGUCCGUGGGCAAGCCAGCCGUAUGGUUGAUGCUGUCGCAGACACGCUAAUUGGUGCACCUGUCAAUUACCCAGUGAAGCAAGUUCUCCAAACAUCCCUGGACUGUUUAAUCAAUAUUAUCAGCGCCCGAUUCUUCCUCGGUGGCAUGCAGGCCUUUUGGGGCCUGGUCGCAGUCGGCGUUUCCACGGAUACACUUGGGACUACUGCAGAUAUAUGGAUGUGGCCGCCAAUCUUCGGUGCUUUCAACCCGUUCGAAAGAAGCUUUCAAGGCCUUUGGGGCAAUUGGUGGCAUGACAUUCUCCAACGCCCAUUUUACUUUAUGACUGAAUGGCUCUUGCCCCCAAAUCCGUCCCAGACAUCAUAUCUCUGGACUAUUUUUGGACUCACCGGUGUCGUACAUGCAGUCGCAUCCUACGUCACUGUUCAAAAGGCCCUUCCUGCGGCACAGGUCUUGAUCUCGUUCAGUCUCCAGCCGAUCGCCACGGUUUAUCUCAAGGCCCCUACCCGGUGGAGGAUUUCCCAGUCACUAGGAAAACAUAAUUUUCUGCUUUCCAUUGUUUGGGUCACCGAGAGCAUCUUGUCAGCCGCCUGGUUCGUCUGGGGUCUCCAUUGGUUUUGGACUGACCCUGGCCUGGCCGCAUUCUUCACAUCCAUAUCACUCCCUUGUAGUGCAUUGCAGAUGACCUGCUCCUUUUGA